ACUGUACUGACUACUGACCUUUUCAGCAUCCUGCCUCGGAAGCGCCUUGCGAGUCUUUCACUUCGAAUAUACCCAAAAAUCCGUCAAAAUGGUUCUGAAACGGUUUACGAGUAUAAUACAGAGGAAGACCCAAUCCAAUCACGACGAUGAGCCUCUACCGGAAGGCGACACGCCAGAGGCGAACGCCGCGCGGGGAGUGAAGCUCUUCUGUGAGUCCGGCGGACCAAACACGGCGGGCGAAGAAGUCCUCCACCUUCCCACUAUCGUCGAAGCCGCCGAAUCCAGCCCUGCAGCAGCCGGUGUCGCCGCAGCCCAGAUCCGCAAGUUUCUCAGCAAAGACUACUCCUCACGACCACAUGUCCAAUACAACGCCAUCAUGCUCAUCCGGAUCCUCGUCGACAACCCUGGUCCGACCUUCACAAAGUAUCUGGACAGCAAGUUUACGGGCGCGGUGAAAGACCUGCUACGAAACGGGAAGGAUCCCAGCGUCCGCCAAAUCCUCCACGAGACUCUCAACGCCUUCUACUACGAGAAAGCAUACGACACCAACCUCUCCCUCCUCAACUCCAUGUGGACCAAAGAACUCGGCCCCUACGUCCCCCCACCGAACGGCGCUACAUCCGUCAGCCCGUUCGGUGCCCCCCAAAUGACCGCCUGGCCACAACAAGAGGCUUACUCCCGUGGUUCCCCCCGUUACCACCACUCUUCCCGCGCCCUCCCCCCACCCCCCGAGCUUGCCGCGCGCAUCGAAGAAGCUCGCACGUCUGCGAAGCUUCUUCUGCAGCUCUGCCAGUCCUCCACGCCAGACGAGAUGCAAGCCAACGACCUGAUCAAGGAGUUCGCCGAUCGCUGCCAGACUGCCCAACGCAGCCUGCAGGGCUACAUGAACUGCGACGACCCAGUUCCGGACGACGCCACCAUGCAGACGAUGAUCGAGACGAGCGAGCAGCUGAGCUUGGCUGCGAGCAAACAUCACCGCGCACUGCUGGCUGCCCGGCGCGCGGCAGCACCGACAGCCUCGCCUCCGCCGAGUCUGCCGCCACGAGACAACGCCCCUCCAGCGCCGUCAUCCACAACGACGCCGUCGCCCCUCUCACCACUCGAGAGCCCUCUUCCCCCGAUCCCAACGACCCUGCAGGCAGGCAUCCCGCGACGGAACCCCCAAACCACCUCACCGACCGCACCCCCGAACCCCUACGACCCGACCACCAGCCCAUACGCACCACCUGGCGCACCCGCCGCGCACGGCAACCUCGACCUCUCGCCGCAGCCGACCGACAACCCGUUCAGCGACGAGCACGCGGCGGAGCAUCAGCCGCCGACGCGACCGGGGUUCGCGGCGACACCGUCGAGCUAUACUCGGCGGCAAGAGAACGCGAUGGGCGGUGAGCAGAUGCGGGGGGCGGUGCCGUCGGUGCCGGAGGAGGAUGAGGGGGAGGAGGAGCGGCGCACGGAGAAAGAGAGGGGGACGAAUGGGGGGGGUGGUGCGGUCAGGGAGAGUCGGGAGAAGGUGAGCCCUGUGGAGGAGCGGGUGACGUAUCGGUAUUAGGGGUUGAUGGGGAGUUUUGUGCAGAUAUCGAUGUUGGGGGUAUAUCGUCUGGUACAUCUGGUUCGGGGGAAUACUCCGGUUUAGUGGGCAAAGUUUUGCGUGCGUUGAACAAAGGAUGUCACGGCGAGCGAGCACCAUAAUGGAGCUUCAAUUCCGGUAGCUUGGUGCUAGCGAGUUCUACAGGGAGUCUUUUCUCAGAUGAUAGCGCUUCGAUGGAUUCGGUUCACUUUCAUGCAAUGCCUCCAUUGUAAAUGAUACAGCAUAGUGUACCUUAGCGACCAUCGCCCAAGCAGGCCGAUGCGACAUGCCCUACAAAUGCAAAACGUGGGACACUCAAACGUCCCAGCGAGAUCCCC